AUGGGGCGCUACACUGGGAAGACGUGCCGCCUGAUUUUCAUGAUCGUUCUUGCGGUGGUGAUUUUCUUUGCAGAGAUUAUAGCCGGAUACAUGGGAAACUCUAUAGCGCUGGUGUCGGAUGCAUACAACAUGCUGUCGGGCCUUCUGUCACUCAUUGUGGGUCUUACAUCGAUCCGCCUGUCACGCCGACCCCCAUCCAGCCGCAGCACCUACGGGCUGCCCAGGGCUGAGGUGGUCGGGGCCUUGGCCAACGCUGUGUUCCUUGCCGCACUUUGCUUAUCUGUCUCACUUCAAGCCCUACAGAGGCUGGCUGAUCCGGACAUCAUUGACGACCCUAUGCUGGUGCUGAUCGUAGGUGCGCUGGGUCUAGCUGUCAACGUAGGUGGCCUGUUUCUAUUCCAGGACUUUAGCUGCUGUUGCCGUGGGAAGGGGCGGCAAAGACAAACAAGUUGCAAAGGGGCAGCACAAGAAACUAAACAGAAGGAUGAGGAGAACAAAGAAAAAAGGAGUCAGCCGCUCAAUAUCCGAGGAGUCCUGCUCCAUGUCCUGAAUGAUGCUCUAGGCUCCGUGGUGGUGGUGGUCACCUCUGCUGUGUUCUACGCGCUGCCGCUGGAGAAGAAAGAGCAGUGCAACUGGCAGUGCUACCUGGACCCCUUGCUCACCUUGCUCAUGGUGGCACUUAUCAUGACUCCUACCUUGUCUUUUUUCAAGGAGACCAUAAGCAUCCUGCUGCAGAGGAGCCCCACCGAUUUACAGCUUAGCACCAUCUUGGAGGACAUCUCCAAGAUCCAUGGGGUUUGGGGAGUCCACGAGAUGCACGUUUGGGAGCUGAUUCAUGGCCGGAACGUGGCCACCCUCCACAUCAAGUGUGCGGACAUGUCCGCAUUCCAGGUGUUUUCCCGGCAAGUCCGGAAGGUCUUCCACCAGGCCGGGGUACACAGCGUCACCAUCCAGCCUGAGUUUGAGGAGGGGUGUGAGCAAAAGGCUCUCUGUAGCACCCCCUGCCUGUCAGCCACAUGUCAGGAGCAGUCCUGCUGUCAAGCACCCCCCUCGCCCCUAUCUUUUCAGAAUGGCCACUUGCCUGUGCCUUCUGUGGAGGCAUCUGAGGUUCCCCUCCAGGACAUGAUGUAUGAGCUCCCCCCAGUGGCCAAAGAGACACACUACAGCACGAAAUUAUAAAUAUGUGCAGGGAAAACUGGAAAGUGUGUACAAAAAAUGCAUACCUCUUCAUUUAAACUGCUGCAUCGAAAGUGCCUCUUCCCCUUGCAGACUUGUUUUGAACCAAGGACCAAUCACGGUUACUCUAAGUUCUCAUACGUUCCACUCCUUGUCUCCAGGGCACAGACUGUCAAACCCAGUGAACAGCAGAAUACCAAAUUCAGAGCACCUGCCUGGAGGAACCGUUCAGUCAGUGGGCACCGAGUGCCCAAGCAAAGGGAAUCUGAACGGCUCCUUGGCAAACCAAAUCCCCUCUGCCACACCAUUACUGUGCUGUUCAUUCGAACGACCACAUGCACUCGAACCAGGUGCAUGCACUGCCGAUUCCGAUCACCCGCGUGCAACGAUGAUUCAUGUUUUGUCUUUGUGGUGUGUGUAGUUAAUAAUCCUAUCAAGCUAACUGAUUUUAAAACAUAAGACAGUGACGUUAGGGUGUCCUGGCUGUAAAGGUCACCCAAAGA